GCGCCCUGGCCCGACCCGAGCUCAGUCGCGCCUGAACCGCGACCCCUGACACACAAGCGCGUCGCGCGUUUCUCGCCCCGCGACCGCAACCGGCAUCAUCACGCACGGAGCGCUAGUUUACGGCGGGGUCGGAGGCCCGGGGCUUUGCCCUCCGAGGGCCCCUGACCUCCCGCCUCUGGAGCUUGGCUUCCGCGGCAGCAGUUGGCGCGAUGACGAGCUGUUGCCGUCGACUCCCGCGAGUCAGGCCGCGUCCACGCAGAGCGGCUCCUCUGCGACGGACAAGGGCCAGAACGUGGAGUGCGUGGUCUGCGGAGACAAGUCCUCGGGGAAACACUACGGCCAGUUCACGUGCGAGGGUUGCAAAUCAUUUUUCAAGAGGUCCGUGAGGAGGAACUUGACGUACUCCUGUCGUGGUAACAGGAACUGCCCGAUCGAUCAGCACCACAGAAAUCAAUGCCAGUACUGCAGAUUAAGAAAAUGUCUCAAAAUGGGCAUGAGGAGAGAAGUCCAAAGAGGCCGGGUGCCGCCCACGCAGCCCGCAGGCCUGGCGCUGCCGGGCCAGUUCGCGCUGGCCAACGGCGACCCGACCGCCGGGCUCAACAGCCACCCCUACCUCUCGUCCUACAUCUCGCUGCUCCUCCGGGCCGAGCCGUACCCCACCUCGAGAUACGGCCAGUGCGUCCAGCCCACCAACGUCAUGGGAAUAGACAAUAUCUGCGAGUUGGCCGCGAGGCUACUCUUCUCGGCGGUGGAGUGGGCGCGAAACAUCCCCUUCUUCCCCGAGUUACAAGUGACAGACCAGGUGGCGCUGUUGAGGCUCGUCUGGUCGGAACUGUUUGUGCUAAACGCGUCCCAGUGCUCGAUGCCGCUGCACGUGGCGCCCCUACUGGCGGCGGCCGGGCUGCACGCCUCGCCGAUGGCGGCGGACCGCGUUGUCGCCUUCAUGGAUCACAUACGGAUCUUCCAAGAACAAGUGGAGAAGUUGAAAGCUCUCCACGUGGACUCGGCGGAGUACUCCUGUCUGAAGGCCAUCGUCCUCUUCACGACAGAUGCGUGCGGUCUAUCAGACGUGUCACACAUAGAGAGCCUGCAGGAGAAGUCCCAGUGCGCACUAGAAGAAUACUGCAGGAGUCAGUACCCCAACCAGCCCACGAGGUUUGGGAAGCUACUCCUCCGACUGCCCUCGCUAAGGACCGUCAGCUCACAAGUCAUAGAGCAGCUAUUCUUCGUGCGGCUGGUGGGGAAGACGCCCAUCGAGACCCUCAUCAGGGACAUGCUGCUCUCAGGGAGUUCGUUCUCAUGGCCGUACAUGGCGACCAUGUGACACACGAUGUGGAGGCAGCUGGCGGCGGCAUGAUCCACGCCCUACGGCUUCCCGCCGUAUCUGCCGAGCCAGCGGUUCGACCCGUUCCAGAGGUACCAGCGUGAGAUGCCGCAGCCAGAGGACGCGGUGACGUCAUCGAGCGAGUUCCAAGAGAACACGGACGCGAGCAGCGAGUACUUCGGGUCGAGGAGCAGAGAAAGCGAGAGAGCCGAUCCAUGUCCCACUUUCGACCCGGUGUCGGCGUUCUACGCGCCCAAGUCGACCGACAGCCAGGAGGUGUUCGACGUGGCGACGACUAGCGAGCCGCCGAAGAAUUCGCAGAAGACGUCGCUCAUGAUCGACAAUCUGCUGAACAUCCGCCAGGAGUCGUGCUCCAUCCCGGACAUGAAGUGACAUUACAGUUUAGUGGGGUCAGUAGUGUUGUUAGUUCAAGAUUUUUGUUCCUCUGUAAAAAUAUUAGAAUAGAUGUUAAUAUUUAAUUGUAAAUAAAAUGUUUUUAUUGUAAAUGAGUAGUUAAGUACGGAAGCGUUUUCUACGAGUGCGAUGGAUGGAGAAUGAUUUUUAUUCCAAUUUUUUCCUCGUCAAUGCCAACGUAGGUUUAAGAUAAAACAAUUAUGUAAAAAGCAAUCCCAGUUUACAGAACGCAAUAAGUUUGUACAUGAGUCGUGCAAUGUUGGUGUGUAGUUAUAUGUAUAGACGUAAAUUAAUGAAUUUGUUUGGAAUCUUUUUUAUUUUUAUAUAAAACGACGCUGCUUUUGAAUGAGGGAAAACUAUCUUUUUGGGUAUCGUAAACAUUUUACGGAAUAAAGUUGUUUCUGCUCCUUAUUUAAAACUAGCAUCGUUUCUAUGUUUUUUUUUCAACUGGUGCUCUUUACUUCAUAUUAUUUGUACAAUUCCGUAAAGCAUUUAUCAUGAAAGAAUAUAGUACGUAACGUACAAAAUUUAGUGGACUUAAAGUGUUAUAAAUUAUUUAUACCCUGUGUGGUUUAUUUUUUAAAUUAGUGGGAUACGUACAAUUAAUUUAUGGUUAUAUUUUUGGUGCUUAUUCAACCAUGUUGACAAACUAUUUUUGUUAAAUAUUUAAUCGUAUAACUUUGCUACUGUAAAUAGACUUAUAUUGAAUUAUCCAUAAAGCCUAAUUUCCAAAAUAGCGUUCAAGCAAUUUAAAAUUAAUUUAUUCAUCUAUUUUAACGCAUGUCAGUUUAAGCACCAAAAAUAAAUCAUUAACGACAAUUUAUUUAGUUUUAUGUUUAAAUGUCACAAAUUUAAGCAUUUCCUGUAAUAUGCAACUGAAAGUUAUUCGACGGACAGUGCCGCGAUUUUAGACCUUAAAUGUAAUUUAAUAAGGUUGAAAAUGGGCAUUUUUAUGGUCAAACUUUCAAAAGAGAAGCAAUGUAUUUAUUCGAUUACAAAAUGUACAGUAACGAUGUAAAAUAGUCGGUGUGUACGAGAAAUGUAUGGAGUUGUAUAAAAAAUUAAUGAUAAUGAGGAAUAAAAGAUGUCUCUCUGGAUUUUCA